GUAGAAUCUUAUUCAGCAGCAGUAGCAGCAGCAGCAGGCAUGCUUGAUGGUGCAGCAGAACCGCCUUUGUGUUCCCCGCUGCAGUGGGGGAGCGCAUUUAUCGUCUCGCCUGAGGGAAGGAGCCAAGAGUAUCCUCCAAUCAGCCGUCAGUGAUUUCUAUCAUCUUGUAGAGUCCGCUGAUGGUGAUUUAUGUUGAACCUGAGAGGCACUUCACACUCUGACUCUACUCACCACCUGGAUGGAAUCCUCUCAACACUUUUGUUCCUAAUUGUGGGUUUUUAAAAGAAUGACCAACAGACAAAAGGUGGAUUACUACAGAGCUGCUGCCUCACAUUCAUGAAUUUAUGCUCUUUCCUCCCUGCAGCACAAGAUGGAUGAACUUUCAUUUCCCGGGGCUCUAGUUUAAGCUUUGUUUUGGUCUGUGAGGACACAGAGGGACAGAAGUGAUUAUUGCAGUAAUCUGGAAGAGGGAAUACUCUCAUAUCCUUCCUCAUCCUUACAAUUUGCUUAUCCUCUCUUUCUAUCCUCCCUGAGUCUGUUGCAUCCGGUGUGAGUCCAUACCUGUUGACUCAGAUCAUUCUAAUGGCAGGUUCUGGGUUUCAAACUGGAGUUUUUACAGUAGUAGCCAGGUAAGAUUAGAAUUCGCAUCCUCAUGCGAUGGUAGGCUCUAUGUGGAGCUGGAGAUGGAGAGAGAGCAGGAACCGUCGGGACAUUUGACACGCCUGUUUGGCUUUCAGCACCUGCUGUGACUGUCUGCCACAGUUCUACAACUAGACUGGCUAAUGGCAUCUAUCUAGUGCUUACUGCCUAGCCUAGCAGACUGGGAGGGGUUUUUCAAGCGUGUGUGCGUGUCUCUCUCCGCGUGUGUGUGUGGGUCUUUUAUAUUGGAGUUGGUUAUAUAUUGUCAGUGUUAAGGAUUACACUGAGUGUCUGGAGAGAUUACAGGUGCAGUCAGCGAGGCUUUGAGGAAGGAUUACAGAAGCUAACGCCUUGUUGCUGCCAAAAGGGUGGCUGGACAGAGGUUUACUUUUCAAAGCGUACCGUGUUGAACGGUGUUCAGACUGCAGGGUCUCCUGGAGGAGGUGCAGAUAAGACAUAAAGGUUUAACCCAGGUGAAGAGACAGACAGAGAGGGGAGAGGACGGGAGAGAUACACACUCAUGGAGAAAUGGUUACGAGGGUACAGUAUAAUGUGGUACCUUUCUACUUGAGCAUGGAUUAUGUUAGAGAUGGAGAGAGAAAGACAGAGGGUAAUUAAAGAAUGAGUGCAGAGUUGAAGUCAAUACACUGAUUUCUCCCACUUUAACAGUGGAAGCACGGGUUGAAUGAGAGAUACAUGAGAGGAGAAGAGACAAAGUGAAAGACUAUCAAUUAACACAUUUCAAUGAAAAGGAAAAGAGAGAUUGCUAAACCUCAAUCUUUCAAAUAAAAAGCACAGUAUUUUACACAUGGCUUAUCAUUGCUGGUCUUGAUGGUAAUGAGUCCUGAAUCUCCCAAUAAUAGUCCUGCAAACACAACAUCCAAUUGAAUCCCGUAGUGCAUGUGAUAUUGAUUUUAAAACAUGACCAGGUAGGAUGGUUCCUGUUCUCUGCCUAACAGGCCUGUAAUUGAAUUCUAAUCUUGUCUUCAGUGACACCCUGGAGCAGUAGCCUCCAGUAUUCCAGUGGAUUGGAAACACUUUCGAUUAGUUCAUAAAUGAACCAUAACGUCAAAAGUGCUGGCUGGAAACCUGACAAAACACCUAGCUGAACCAACCAGUCUGUCUCAAACACCCUUCAGCCGACAACUGUAACCUAUUUCCCUCAAAUACUCCACAUUUUUUAAUGACAUAUAAUUUGUAUGCGGACGUGUUCACUGAAACAGCUUCAUCCUGAAAGUGGUCCUUAGCAGUUGUUAUUCUGACAGAUACAGACCAUCAGGCAAAGAGGUGUAGUUUGGACAACAGCAACUUCCUGGUGUGUUGUUCCCUCACUGUGAUGCUUGUGCAAGUGGGUGUGUUAUUGGGUUUCGUGUACCCGAUACACACCGCUUAUCUUAGCCCGACGACCAGGGCUUGAGCUUCAGGCCGUAGGCUAGAUGGUUCAGUGGGUAGGUUCUUUCUCUCUCCUCUUCGUCAGUUUCAAUGGAGGCAAACCAGGAAAUGUCAACGAUCAUAAGCACCAAUGAAAAAGUUCUGACGAGUCCAUUUACCCUGAAGAGGUGAAAGUACCAGAGCAAAAGAGGAGCGGAACCUGGGAAAAGACUGAAGCAAUCCUUCUAAACCUGGAAAGCAAAGAAAGGGGGAAGGGAAAAAGAAGGUGAAAAGUUAUUUGAUAUCGGUGCCUGUUUGCAUCUGAAACUUUGAAAGUGUUUCUUUGAUAGAGUGCUGGGACCAGGGGAAAAACAUGGGUGAGUUUACUUCGAGUUCCACUGGGAAAAACCUCAGCUAGUUCAAAGAGACAGCUCACAUGGUGAGACUGUUCCACAGAAAUGAGAAGUGGUUAUUAGGUUAUUGAAUCAUCAUUAUAUAGUCAUGAUAGACUGUCUUAGAUACAUUACAACACAAUAGCAGAGAUCAUCUGUCAGUCUUUCUUUCCAACCCAUCAGCAGCUCCCUUGUCACCUUAGUCAUUCCUCACUCCCCUUUCUACUCCUUCUGACCAAUCCAAAGACCACGAUGGAGUCAUGCAAAACCUAACCUGAACCUAACCACUCCACGCUUAUGAGGACAAACAGAGAUUGUUGUACUCUGUGAUGGGGACAGAAACAGACGGGAAGACAUUCAAAACCUUUUUGUAAAUGUAUGGAUCACUACAGGAUGGUAGAACUUGAAAUCUGACUAAAAAGAAGAGAGGAACAGGACACAGGGACAGGGACACAGACUGUUUUUGGGGACAGAGAACCUCUGGGAUUCAUAAUCCACAGUGUCCUAGUAUAAGAGGGGUCGACACCUGUAGGUCGGUGGGAAGCUCUCUCUGACUGCCACACCCAAAGGGAAAGAGGGGUAUUUUUAGGUACUGACCUCCUGGACUGGUUUGGCCCCAGCCGGCCUGAGUCCAGGUCACCAUGGGGUGCAACAUGUGUGUGGUUCAGAAGCCUGAGGAACAGUACAGGGUCAUGUUCCAGAAGGGUCAAAUAAGUAACACGCUGUGUCCUUUUGAUGGAGAAGGUCGACUGAAGGUGAAUGGUAAGGAGCUGUCCUGUCUCUCACGGGACCCCACCCUGGAUGUGCGAGACCCCCUGCUGUCUCACGUGUUGAAGAGGGGGGCCCGACGGCGGGCGGGACUGGCAGGGCGACUAGCGGGGCUGGACGGGACAGUAGCAGUUCCAGGGGGGCUGACUGACUGUGUGGACAGCGGCACUCAGACUGACAUCAGCUUCCAACACAUGUUGACUCUGGGAAGGACCGCCCACCACCCAGGUGGAGCCCCGCCCCCUCACCCGCCCCCCUCCCCUCCACUGCCACCCAUCCUGGAACCCAACCUGCUCAACGAGCUCCUUUUAGAGCCAGAAUAUUAUGACCCCAAUGACUACUUUGACAUCACUCAGCAUGAGGCGGAUCUCAGGCAGGAUGAGUUGGAGUACGAGGAGGUGGAGCUCUAUAAGUCUCGUCAGCAGGACAAACUGGGGUUAACGGUGUGCUACCGGACAGACGAUGAGGAGGACCUGGGGAUCUAUGUGGGCGAGGUCAACCCCAAUAGUAUAGCUGCUAUGGAUGGCCGUAUCCGAGAGGGGGAUAGAAUCUUACAGAUAAACGGGGUGGACAUCCAGAACAGAGAGGAGGCGGUGGCCAUUCUGACCCAGGAGGACAGCACCAACAUCUCCCUGCUCCUGGCCCGGCCUGAAAUAGAGAAUGACAACCAGCUUGACCCAGAUGAACUGGACCUGGAGGUUCUGGAUAACGCUGUCCACCUGCCCAGCCCCCAUCAGCUGAGGAACAGGGCCUCCAUGCUGGGCGAAGGACCAGUCGUCGUGGGUGGGGGUGGUGUGGUGGUGGUCCGCGGGCGAGGUCACCGUGACUCUCCAGGCCUGCUCCACACGUUGCUGAGUAACAGCCAGGAGCUGGACAGCGGGGUGGGUCGUACAGACGAGAGUACCCGCAAUGAGGAGUCCUCAGAACACGACCUACUAGGGGACGACCAGACCAGCGCCCCCACCACCAACGCCACCAACACCCCCGGCAGCAUGCGCAGGUUCCACUCUGGCCAGGGGGACAGGGACACCCCACCUCUUCUACAUGGCCACUCCACAGAGUUCCACUUCAGCACGGACUCUCUACUGGGUCUGGACUGUCUGGGUGGGGGAGGAGGUGGUGACCUGGCAGGGGAGAGGGUCUACGCAGCUGACCCAGUGAUGAUGAUGAUGCCGGGUCUGACAGAAGAAGAGUGUGAGAGGUACAGGGAACUCUUGGAGAUCAAGUGUUAUUAUGAGAAGAACAGCAAUGCUCUUCUGCUGCUGGGGGAGCAUGGGGGUCAUGGGGGACAGGGGGGCGAUGGGGGGAUUCCUCUGGAUGUGAACAGGAAUGAGAGCCUGAUGCAGCAUGAGAUGGCCCUCGUGGAAGAGGAGCUACGCCACCUGGAGUUCAAGUGUCGUAACAUCCUGAGGGCCCAGAAGAUGCAGCAGCUCCGGGAGCGCUGUCUGAAGGCAUGGCCCCUGGAGGAGGAGAGUGGGGCCGGGGCUGGGCGGGUGGCUCCUUUGGUUAGCGAGGAGUCCUGUCACCAUGAGCUGUCAGACAUUAAUGAGCUCCCUGAAAGGGAGCGCUCCGACAAGGACAGCACCAGCGCCUACAACACAGGAGGGGAGAGCUGCAGGAGCACCCCUCUGGUCAGCGAACAGUACCCCUCCCCCUCUGCACAUGGCCACAGCAGCUUGGAGGGGGGAGACUCUACCUCUUUGCCAUCGCGGACCCCCAGCCGGCACAGGGAGAGGGGAGGCAGGAGUGAGAGGGGGCAGGCUAACCUGAACCAGCCCUACUCCCCUAGCUCACACAGGAGGGGAGCGGAAGUCAAGACCUCUAGCCCGAGAGGGGCCAAGUUCAGAUCCUUGUCCCGCGACGGGGGGGCAAGGAGGGGGUCAGACGGAGGGGUGAGAUGCCCCAAAACCAAUGGGACAGUGGAGGGGAGGGAAGGGCGUAGCGCUGAGAACAGUCCUUAUCUGUCCCGCCGCCACUCUGGCUCCAGAAUCCCCCUGCGCUACCAGAGCUGCAUGCAGCUGAGGUCCCCCUCCACAUCCGAGGGCCUGGAGAGACCCAGGGAUGGCAGCGAGAGUCCCAUGAGCCUGGGGAGCACAUGCAAGGACAUCCCCCAGGGCCCUGUGUCCAUGCCAUCCUUACCCAUCCCCCCUCCCCUGCCUCCGCCGGCCUCGCCGCGUAUGGAGUGGAAGGUCAAAGUACGCAGCGACGGAUCUCGCUAUGUUGCCAAGCGGCCCGUUAGGGACCGCCUCCUGAAGGCCCGGGCCAUUAAGAUCCGGGAGGAGCGCAGCGGCAUGACCACGGACGACGACGCCGUCAGCGAGAUGAAGAUGGGCCGCUAUUGGUCCAAGGAGGAAAGGAAGCAGCAGCUUCUCAGGGCCCGGGAACAGCGCAGACGCAGGGAGUUUAUGAUGCAGAGCAGGCUGGACUGCCUGAGGGAGAGGGAUAGGGAGUCCAGUGGCGGUGGACAACAGGGGGCUCCGCAGGGACAGGAGCCCACUACCAUCUUGGAGCUGAGCCACAGGAGGAGCCAGAAGAAACGGAGCCGUAGGAUCCUGGACAACUGGAUCACCAUCCAGGAACUACUGGCCCACGGAACCAGGUCCCCUGACGGCAAGAAGGUCUACAACCCUCUGCUGUCAGUCACCACUGUCUAAUGGAGAGGGUGGAAGACCGAGAAAGAAAAGAGAGGGUGACCAACAAAGUGAGAUCGAGAGGAAGUGUAAGAGUGAUUGAAAUAAAUGGUCCAGAGGAAGUGGGUUGCUUUGGAGAGGGAAAGAAACCAACUGUCGACUGAUCUGCCAUUGCAUAUUGGAGAGAGAUUGGGUGAUAGAGUCUGUACAACCUUCUCCUUAGUUACCAACAGCUGUGAUGAAGGAAAAGAGAGGGGAGAGAAUGGCGCAGUGUAGAAGAGAAUAGAAUUACUGGUAACCCAUACUGCAAGCUGUCAUUUCUGCCUGAAAGAAUUAUAAACAUAAGCAGGUAGGCAAGACAACAGAAGUGAAAAGAAAGUGCUGGUGAAUUAAACCAAUCUGUAGCUAUUGACCAGCGUUUCUUUGCUAUACCAUUCUUAUUAGGACAGUGCCUCGAACGCCCACUAAUAAGCUUGUGUAUGGCAUUUAACAGAGUAUACAAAGCACAUUGGCCAACAAGAAUAAAGUAAAGGACAACAUGACUGACUAAUGAAUGAAAUGUCGACAUUGUGGUAAGAUCUGACGAGCACGUUUUAAUAUGAAUAAAUUGAGAAGCACAGUGAGGGGGAAAAAAAAGCACACCAAAUCCCACAGCACAGGAAACAUGACAACUAUAUCUCUGGUGGUUGAGAGCUGAGGAAAUCUUCUUGAACGUGUCUUCUGAUGGCUGGUACGAUCGUAUUCUGCGGUGGAGUUACUUAUACAGUAUGACAGCACAAUCUGAGGAGUUGAAAGUGGUUCUUUGACAUUUGAUUACUUGCAUGUUGACUAUAAAUGUUAAGUAACAUAUACUUCAAAAAACGUGACAAAAAGUUGGUGUGAAAUUGUGGAUGUGACAUGUUCUUAAUUUGUUGACUUCUUAGACUAGAAAACAAUGUGGCUGUUUGUUCAGUAUACCGUGAUGUCUGGUCCAUAAACGUUUUACAAUAAAAGCCUUUUCUACAUAAU